AUGGCGGUGGCUGAGACACAGCUGUACGCAAAGGUGUCCAACAAGCACAGGAGCAAAAGCCCCUCCGUACUCCUCGAGUCUCUCCUCACCAAAGGAUUCCCAGCUCAUAUUGCGCAAAAAGCCUUGGCUGCCACUGGACAAAAGACAACAGAAGAAGCUACGAAGUGGUUGCACUCACACUGCAAUGAUCCCUCUUUGGAAGACCCAAUCCCUCAAGAGUAUGCUCUUUACUUGUGUCCCACCGGCCCUUUGCAUAACCACCUGCAAGAAUUUUGGAAGGAGAGCAAGCGCCAAUGUGGGAAAAACAGAGCCCAUGAGAUUUUUCCACACAUCACUCUCUGCGAUUUCUUCACGUGUGAAGACCAGAAAGUGGAAUUGUUGUAUGACACCUUAAAGCGAGUCGGUGACAGGUUUUCACAGUGCUUUCCACCAUCCAUUUCCCUAACACUACAUUCAUCCACCAGCUACCUUGGCUUCUUCAUUGGUGACAGCCAUGCAAAUAUUCUCAAAGAGUUUGCUCUGGCGUUCUCAUCAGAGGCUUCGUCUCUGGCAGAUUGCCAUGUGAAACCCUGCCUAAAGCAGAUCCACCUUACCUUGGCUCACAAGUUUUAUCCUCACCAUCAGAAGACCUUGGAACAAUUGGCCAAAUGCAUUAACCCCGGGGAGACCUGUCAGUGGGUAGCUGUUCUCUACUCACGGGACAUGCGCUUUGUACAUUACCAGACACUGAGGGCCCUCUUCCAGUACAAGCCCCAGAACAUCGAUGAACUCAUGAUCAACACCGGAGACUUCAUCUACGUUGACCCGACACAGCAGACUGAUGUGAGUGAAGGCUGGGUGAUCGGGACCUCGCAUCGGACUGGCUGCAGGGGUUUUCUUCCUGAGAACUACAUGGAGAGGGCCAACGAGUCAGACACAUGGGUUAAGCACAGGGAAUAUGUUUUUGUAACAGCUUCAAGAUUCUUCACCCAAAUUGAAAAUGAACCUAAGGGAAAGCUGAAUGGAGAAGUCCAUAAUCCAAGUAUGUCAAGGAGCACAACAAAUGUACUUCAGAAUGCCACCCUGCGAAGAGGCGUGCUGGUGGUGCGCCACGGGGAAAGCAUUGAUCAGGUCUUUGGCAAAUCUUGGCCUCAGCAGUGCUUGACGGCAGACGGUGAGUAA